CAUACACUCCGCCAACUAACCCUCAUAUCUCCAAACAACCUUCAAGGGACCGCACCUUUACCUUGUGUGCAUUUAGAAUCCCAAGAAUAUGCCUCCACGGAUCCGCCUGCGCACCCUCGCGCAGCUCGCGGAGCUUCAAGUCGAACCUGCUACUUCCACCUACACCUGCGGUCGUUGCUCGCGACUAUACGCGACAGCAGCACCGGGGGCGUCAAUAGCGACAACCCCGGCCCCUUCAGAUGCGCAAAUGCGAGCCUCGAUACCAACACUCUCCCGCUACCCGGCGGUCCAACCUCCCUCGCACCGCAACCCGGCGUAUCGAAAGUCUCAGCUGUUGCGCUCCUACGUCUCGCUCCUCCAGACGACGCCGCUGAUCAUUUUCUUCCAGCACAACAAUCUGAAGGCCACAGAGUGGGUGAGCAUCCGGCGCGAGCUGGCGUCGGCGCUCCGCAAAGUCGACGCCCAACUCGCCGCCCAGGGCAAGCCUGCACAGGAGCGGAUCGGAGAAUACGUCAAGUUGCAGGUCAUCAAGACCAACAUGUUCGAGCCCGCGCUCCGGAUCGCCGAGUACUUCACGCCGCUACCACCUCUCGAGCCGACCGGCGGCAUCGCGGCGGAAAAGGAGGAUCCCUCCCUGACGCAUGUGCUGUCGGUGGCCGCGUACGAGGCGGCGCAGCGGCACCGGAAUGAACACCCGCUGACGCCCGUGCUGGCGGGCUCCGUGGCCAUCCUGACCUUCCCCGCCGUCUCGCCGACCUACCUCAAGACGGCCUUCUCCAUCCUGUCCCCGCAGCCGCCCCUGUUCCCGGCCCCGACCAGGCGCGCGCUGCCCCAGUACUACGAGCCGUCGGUCCAGGACGGGCUGAAGAAGCUGAUGCUGCUGGGCGCGCGGAUCGACGGCCAGCUCUUCGACAUGGACGGCACGAGGUGGGUGGGCAGUAUAGACGGCGGGAUUGACGGGCUGCGCGCACAACUGGUGGGCAUGUUGCAAGGCUUUGGGGCCGCGAUGGUGCAGACCUUGGAGAGUGGGUCGAGAAGUCUCUGGUUCACAAUGGAGGGCCGGCGGAGGAUGUUGGAGGAGGACGAGAAGCCAAAGCCCGAGGAGGACAAGAAGGACUGAGUUGGCAUGUUGUGGUCUAUUAGCCACAGCGGGCCGAGGAGUAUAUCAUGUACGGGAAAAGUGGUCCGAUGUGUAACAACAGCAGAUUUCGACAUAGGCCCUGUCUUGUUGUAAGGCUGAGAGAUCAAGCCAAAGUGGAAAGCAUUUAUCCUUGGUUGGCUUGAUGCGUGCAAAUGCAUUCAGACUACUCUCGCAUAGCAACUAUUCAGGGUAUCUUGUGCGCCC